AUGGUGCCCGCGGCAGUGCAUGAGAAGCAUGACCCUACGGACUCGUUCAUCCUCCAAUUUGAGCUGACGGGCGGCUUGCACGGGCCCCUCACCGGGGUGACUCUGGCUGUCAAAGACCUGUUCGACAUAAAGGGGUACCCCACCGCCUUUGGAAACCCCAAGUGGCUGGAGACGCACGCGGAGCCGGCCGCGGCCACGGCGCCGGCGGUGCAGGCGCUGCUGGAUGCCGGUGCCCUGAUUGUGGGCAAGACGCACAUGGACGAGCUGGCCUACUCACUAAAUGGCGAGAACUUCCAUUACGGCACCCCCGUCAACGCGGCGGCGCCUGGCAGGAUCCCUGGGGGCUCCUCUAGUGGCUCUGCGGUGGGGCAGCGGGGGGAGGGGGUCGCCGCGGGCUGA